AAAAAUGUGUAGAUUUAUUUGUUCCAACUCCAAGUGAAGUUCAUCUUCAUACCACUUCUCCCAUAUAUAAACCCUACUUUCUCCGCCCGCUUUCUCCCCAUUCCGAUCUGUAUCUUCCAAUCUCGCCGUCCACUUUCUCAACCAACCCUAAACCCUCAUCCAUGGCGAGCGCCGAUACCGAACGCAGAGAAGAGGAGGAGGCUCCGGCCGCAGAGGAUGAAGACACUGGAGCACAAGUCGCCCCAAUCGUUAAGUUGGAGGAGGUCGCCGUUACCACCGGUGAAGAAAAUGAAGACGCUAUUCUAGAUCUGAAAUCCAAACUGUACCGAUUUGAUAAAGAUGGAAACCAGUGGAAGGAGAGGGGUGCUGGUACGGUUAAGUUUUUGAAGCAUAAGGAAACUGGAAAGGUUCGCCUUGUUAUGAGACAGUCUAAAACCCUCAAGAUCUGCGCUAACCAUCUUGUUCUUCCAUCAAUGUCGGUUCAAGAGCACGUUGGAAAUGACAAGUCGUGCGUGUGGCAUGCCACUGACUUUGCUGAUGGUGAAUUGAAAGAUGAGCUUUUUUGUAUCAGAUUCCCAUCUAUUGAGAACUGCAAGACCUUCAUGGAAACAUUCCAAGAAGUUGCUGAGUCCCAAAAGAAGAAAGAGGAAAAUAAAGAUGCAUCUGCAGCAGCUGGUCUACUUGAAAAAUUGAGCGUUGAAGACGAGAAAGCUGAAGAUAAAUCUGAAGAUAAAGCUGAGGACACACCUGUAAAAUCUGAGGAAAAGGAUAAACCUGAGGGCGAGGCAGAGAAAUCAGAUGCAGAAAAGAAAGAGUAGAGAGCCUGUUUCGUUUCGCCUGCCAGGCAUAUACGGUAGCUCCUCCUCUAUCGGAUAUAUCUACAAUGAGGUGUUUGACCUCCCAUUCAUCCAUGUCGCUUGGUACAUUAAAACAGUCAAUUCUUGGAAAAUGAGAGUCGUCUAAAUAGUAGUUUGUUUGGUCAGUUGGUCAGUUGGGGGAGUCGGUUUUCUAUUGUUCUCCCUCCUUUCAUUUGAAAAUGAGAUUGAUUUGGAGUCAGUGUUGUGUGGUGGUGGCCGUGUUUGUGAAUCCUCCAAGGUUAAAUAGCAUUUUUAGAAAACGAACAAGUUUGUGUGCAGGGCAGAGAUAUUUAUACUUCAUUUUGGUUGAGGAAAACAUGAUUGAUUGGUUGUGUUGUGGUCUUAUUAUAUUAUUCAAGUUCUAGCUUUAUUCUGGGCUGCUUUCCAUUUA